GGAUGUGCAAACUUCAACAGCGCCUUGAAGACGCCCCCCUUUCAGCAAAGUUGGUGUCGUCUCUCAGAGAUCUACGCGCAGCCUAUCAAAACAAGCCACCCACCAACUCCAUUUACCUACACUACCCAUGCCAUCGCAUCUCCAGCAGUUCCUAAUACAUAUUGAUAAGGGACUGGAAGAGUGGGAGGCGCAACAUGCGAAAGAAUAUACUGCUACAAAUGUGCGCCCAACUACCCUACUGAAGUGUCCUGCGGAGGGGCAGCUAUCUGUCCUACAAGGUCAGAUAGCAAGUGAUCUGAUGAGGCAAUUUCCAGAUCUCUUGCAGCGCUGGGGAAUUUUCCAAGCGGUUCCACCUGGAUCAGACAUAACCAACAAAAGUGAUCAGAUAGUUAUCCCCAUUCGAAUCACGAAGCCUAGCGUAUACAUAACCCAAACCAAAGAAUCCCCAGAUCGCAAAAGUAUCUCUUUGGACUAUGCUAUCUUCUGCGCCGCUGGGCAGUCAGCAUUUAUCAGCGACGGCGUGAGCUUUGUAGCGUGGAUGCGGAGAGACUAGUCGGUUCGUUGGAGGGGAAUAUCGGAGAGUAGGGUCCAGGAGCGGAUUGGGUUCGUCGCGCCGUCCUCUCGUUUCCUUUUUUCAUUAU